AACCUCGAUAUCUUCAUAGACAUUGUGCCCUUUAUUGGUCAUAGCCAGGCCUGGACUAGGACAAAAAAUAAGCCCGGGCACUUUGGACUGAGCAGCCCAAAGCCCAGGGACCCUUUCCUCAGAGCCUGGUGGUGGAACGCAAGGGUCUGGUUGCAGGAGUGGCCUUUGCGACCCUGUUAGUUUUGCCACUAGUGCCAAGAGAGAGGGGUGAGAGAGUGAGGGGGUAGAGAAGAGAGAGGGAGAGGGGGG